AUGAGAUUAGGGUAUCUACGAUAUCUUAAAAACUUAGUCAUGAAUAAACAAAAACCACCAAUUAUAGCCAUUGUGGGUACUACAGGUGUAGGUAAAUCACAAUUCAGUAUAGACCUUGCCAAACAUAUUAAUGGAGAAAUCGUCAACGCUGAUUCGAUGCAAGUUUAUAAGAAGCUCGAUCUUAUUACCAAUAAACACCCAAUGGAUGAAAGAAAUGGGAUCCCACAUCAUGUAAUGGAUUAUGUGAAUUGGGAUGAAGAAUACUAUAUUCAUCGUUUUGAUGAAGAGGCUACCAAAGCAAUAGAAGAUAUAUACAGUCGUGGUAAAAUACCCAUCAUAAUUGGAGGUACUCACUAUUAUUUAUCAAAACUUUUAUUCAAGAAUAAGACAAUCGAUGAUUCUGAGAGACGAGAAUUAACCAACAAUGAAAAAGAUAUUUUAGAUGGUCCCGUCGAAAUUAUCUUCGAAGAAUUGAAAAAAUAUGAUCCGACUAUAUCUGAAAAGUUUCAUCCUCAAGAUAAACGUAAAUUAAGAAGGGCGUUGGAGAUUUGUUAUACCAUGGGGCAGAAACCUAGUGAUUUAUAUCGUGAUCAAAAAUUGGCUGAAUUGGAAGAAUCAUCUUUAGUUUACCGUACAUUAGUGUUCUGGGUGUACAGUGACAAUGAAAUCUUGAGUGAUCGAUUGGAUAAAAGGGUUGAUUUGAUGAUAGAUAAUGGGGCAAUGACAGAAAUCAAUGAACUUUAUCAGUUUUAUACGCUGCAAAAUGAGGUUGAUUUGACUAAGGGUGUAUGGCAAGUUAUAGGUUUCAAGGAAUUUUUACCUUAUCUUCAUGCUGCAAAGGAAAAUAAUAAGACCGACAAAGAAUUACGAAAAUUACUAGACGAGGGAAUCGAAAGAAUGAAAAUUAGGACUAGGCAGUAUGCCAAAUACCAAGUCAAGUUCAUCAAAAAACUUUUAUCGAUAGAACUUCGAAAAGAAGCAAGAUUUAAUUAUAAGCAUGGAGGUAAGAUGUAUUUAUUGAAUGCUAGUGAUUUAACCAAAUGGGACACCAACGUUAAAAAAAGAGGUUUUAGCAUAACCUCCAAGUUUCUUGAAAAUCUAGAUAAAGUGGAUGAUGUUGAAAUACCACCAGAAUUAGAAGGUUUGUUUGAUAAUGCUCCAGAAUUCAAGAGUAAUAAAUUACUUGAAAAUCAAUCGUGGAAACACUAUAAAUGUGAGAUCUGCAAAGAUCAAAAUGAUAAGAAUUUAGUAUUUAUAGGAGAGCAAAAGUGGACUGACCAUCUCAAUUCAAAACGUCAUAAAAGGGGACUCGUAAAGCGUCAAAAGUUGAAUAACAGAAUGGAAUAUGAACGUAAACAUACGAUUACCAGAGAUAAGAAAGAAGAUCUACAACAAGACAAAGAAAAACAAUAA